UCCAUGUGCUUAUUGAUUUGUUAUUGUCCAUCCUGUGUGUUAAUCCCUGUUUUGUCAUUCAGUCAAGUGGAACUGAUUGCCAUAAUUGUAUUUAGAGGCUAGCAGAACCUUAAAUUGGUCAGAAGGGUUGGGGGAGGUAUCUAUUGGUGAUGAUUGCAAUAAUGAGAGAAGGUAGCUAAUUAAGUGUUCUUAUAUUAUCUUUCAAAGCCACAGAAAACUAUCCAGUGACCUACAGAUUGGGUGAGCAUACAUUUCUGAAGACCUAUGCAUUACCAAAUAGGAUGUUCCUUCCCAAUGACACCACGUUUCACCUCUUCUCCUUCUUGUUGCUGGGAAUCCCUGGAAUGGAAACACUCCACAUCUGUAUUGGCUUUCCCUUUUGUGCUGUGUAUGUGAUUGCACUCCUAGGGAACUUCACCAUUCUGUUUGUGAUCCAGGCUGAGCACAGCCUACACCAGCCCAUGUUCUACUUCCUGGCCAUGCUGGCUACCAUUGAUUUGGGUCUCUCCACAGCCACCAUUCCUAAGAUGCUUGGGAUCUUCUGGUUCAACCUCAGAGAGAUCAUCUUUGAAGCCUGCCUCACCCAGAUGUUUUUCAUUCACAGCUUCACACUUAUGGAAUCUGCAGUCCUUUUGGCAAUGGCUUAUGACCGCUAUGUGGCCAUCUGCAACCCACUCAGAUAUAGCACCAUCCUCACCAACAAAGUUGUCUCUGUAAUUGGCCUUGUUGUGUUAGUGAGGGCAUUUAUUUUUGUGAUUCCAUUUGUAUUUCUCAUUUUGCGGUUGCCCUUCUGUGGGAAUCAUGUCAUUCCUCAUACCUACUGUGAACACAUGGGUCUUGCUCGCCUAUCUUGUGUGAGUAUCAAGAUCAAUAUUAUUUAUGGAUUAUGUGCAAUUUGUAAUCUAGUAUUUGACAUCAUAGCCAUUGCCCUUUCUUAUGUUCAGAUACUCCGUGCUGUUUUUCGUCUUCCUUCCCAUGAAGCCCGACUCAAAUCCCUCAGCACCUGUGGUUCUCAUGUUUUUGUAAUUCUUGCCUUUUAUACACCAGCCCUCUUUUCCUUUAUGACACAUCGCUUUGGACAAAAUGUUCCCCGCUAUAUUCACAUACUUUUGGCCAAUCUUUAUGUCAUAGUGCCACCAAUGCUCAAUCCAGUUAUAUAUGGAGUCAGAACUAAGCAGAUCUAUGAGCGAGUGUUACGUGUUUUUAGAAAUCUUGGCAACAAUAGGCUUUCAUUUGUAAAUAAGGUUAAAAAGUGACCAGAAAAAUGUGAAGUAGAAGAAAUAAUUAAACAGUAGACAUUCAAUUUGACUUUCUUUUAAA